AUGGGUGCUCCUUUAUCAACCUGGCCAUGGGAGAACUUUGGAAUAUUCAAGUACGUGCUAUACGGGCCAUUUGCAGGCAAAGUUUUGUACGAGAUGUUGUAUGAAAAUGAGAAAGACUUCAAAUUCAGCUGGUGCCUCUGCUUGCUCAUACUGUCUGGUCUCAGAGGUUUUCUUUAUGUGCUAUGGAGUUCUUACAGUAAUAUGCUUUUUCUAACACGAAACCGUCAGAUUCUUAAACAAGGGAUUGAUUUCAAACAGGUUGACAGAGAAUGGGACUGGGAUAACUUUUUGAUACUUCAAACAAUAUUGUGUUAUAUGGCAUAUUACAUGUUUCCGUUCCUACAAAAUCUUCCUUCAUGGAACAUGAAAGGUGCUAUAGCAGCUUUGAUAUUUCAUGUGGGAAUAUCAGAACCACUUUAUUACUUGGUGCAUAGAAAGUUUCAUGGAAACUAUCUUUUCACCAAUUACCAUUCACUUCAUCAUUCAUCACCAGUACCGCACUCAUUCACGGCUGGAAACGGAACCGUUUUGGAGCAUCUGUUUCUGAGUUUAGUAAUCGGAAUUCCAAUCCUCGGAGCUUCAUUCAUGGGAUAUGGAUCCAUAAGUUUGAUAUAUGGUUACAUUUUGAUAUUUGAUUUUCUUAGAUGUUUGGGCCAUUGCAACGUUGAAAUUGUUCCGUAUUGUAUCUUCAAAACAUUCUCAUUUAUCAGAUAUCUCAUAUACACUCCAACAUACCACAGUCUACAUCAUACUGAAAUGGACUCGAAUUUUUGCCUCUUCAUGCCUCUUUUUGACGCACUAGGAAAUACAGUUAACACGAAAUCAUGGGAAUUACAUGAAUCAUUGAGCAAAGGAAAUUGUAGUAGGGUACCGGAUUUUGUAUUUCUGGCUCAUAUAGUGGAUGUCACAUCCUCUAUGCAUGUUCAAUUCGGUCUGAGAUCGUUUGCUUCUUUACCGUUCACAACAAGGCUCUUCUUGAUUCCGUUAUUUCCAAUCCCUGUGAUAUCUUUGUUAGCGAUGUGGCUUUGGUCCAAGACGUUUCUUCUUUCUUUCUACUAUCUUAAGGAUAGACUACAUCAAACAUGGGUUGUCCCUAGGUGUGGCUUUCAGUAUUUCUUACCAUUUGCUACUGAGGGUAUCAAUAAGCAUAUUGAGAAAGCUAUCCUCACGGCAGAUAAAAUCGGUGUUAAAGUCAUAAGCUUGGCUGCUUUGAAUAAGAAUGAAUCUCUAAACGGUGGAGGAAAACUCUUCGUGGACAAGUACCCAAAUCUCAGAGUUCGUGUCGUUCAUGGCAACACUUUAACAGCAGCUGUGAUCUUAGAUGAAAUCCCCAAAGAUGCUAAAGAGGUUUUCCUUACUGGUGCAACUUCCAAGCUUGGAAGAGCAAUUGCUCUCUACCUUUGCAGAAACAAAGUCAAAGUUCUGAUGUUAACACUAUCAACAGAUAGGUUUCAGAAGAUUCAAAAGGAAGCACCCCAAGAAUACCAAAGUUACCUAGUUCAAGUGACAAAAUACCAAGCAGCGCAGCACUGCAAGACGUGGAUAGUUGGCAAGUGGAUCACUCCAAGAGAGCAAAACUGGGCGCCAAGCGGAACACAUUUCCACCAAUUUGUUGUGCCUCCGAUAUUUGGAUUUAGAAGAGAUUGCACUUACGGUGAUCUAGCAGCAAUGAGAUUGCCGGAGGAUGUGGAAGGGCUUGGGUGCUGUGAGUACACGAUGGAUAGAGGAGUUGUUCAUGCAUGCCAUGCAGGGGGAGUUGUGCAUAGUCUUGAGGGGUGGACUCAUCAUGAAGUUGGAGCCAUUGAUGUUGAUAGGAUCGAUGUUGUGUGGAAAGCAGCACUCAAACAUGGUUUAACACCUUUGUCUUUGGGAUCCACUGCAAAACCAAAUUAA